GCUUGAAUGUUGAAUGUUCCUUGCUUGCAGUGUUUUAUUAAUUCGUUUUUCAGUUUUUUGCAUGGAAAGUACAAAUCAAGUUAAAGAUUUUUAAAAGUUAAACUAAAAACGUUCGUAUUAACAUUCACUGAAGCCAUGGAUCCAAUGAAAGUUGAUGUUAAAGAAAUUGAAAAUAUAUUGAAAUUAGAUCCAUAUUUGAAACCAUUUGAACGCGAAAUUAGGAGAAGGAGUGGAGUUUUACAAGAAUGGAUUGGAAAAAUAGAUAAACUAGAAGGUGGAAUGGACACAUUUUCUCAGGGUUAUAAAUACUAUGGUCUUCAUUUUUUACCCGAUAACUCUGUUGUCGCCAGGGAAUGGGCUCCAGGUGCCAAAGAUGUUUAUUUAACAGGAGAUUUCAAUAAUUGGCAGUGGGAAGCUACACCAUAUAAGAAAUUAGAUUUUGGUAAAUGGGAACUGCAUAUUCCUGCUAAUGCGGACGGAACUGCACCCAUUAAACAUUUAAGUGAGAUUAAAGUAAUUAUACGCAAUCAAGCUGGCCAGCUUUUGGAUCGAUUAUCGCCGUGGGCAAAAUACGUGAAGCAACCACCCAAAGAGGCUAAUCAGGGUGUUAACUUUAAACAGUAUGUUUGGAAUCCGCCGGAAAACGAAUGCUAUAAAUUUAAGUAUCCAAAAGCUAAAAGACCAAAAUCUUUACGUAUUUAUGAAUGUCAUGUGGGAAUAGCUUCGCAAGAACCCUGCGUUGGUUCGUAUGACAACUUUGCAAAUAAUAUUAUACCGCGCAUUAAAAAGCAGGGAUAUAAUGCCAUACAAGUUAUGGCUAUAAUGGAACAUGCUUAUUAUGCUAGUUUUGGUUAUCAAGUGACUAGCUUUUUUGCUGCCUCCAGCCGCUGCGGCACCCCAGAUCAACUUAAGCGAAUGAUAGAUGUGGCACAUGCUAAUGGUUUAUACGUUUUAUUGGAUGUUGUUCACUCACACGCCAGUAAAAACGUUCAGGACGGUUUAAAUCAAUUUGAUGGCACUAAUAGUUGUUACUUUCAUGAUGGUAAGCGGGGAGAACAUGCGCUAUGGGACAGUCGCCUAUUCAAUUAUAUGGAAUAUGAAGUGUUACGAUUUCUGUUGUCAAAUUUAAGAUGGUGGCACGAUGAAUAUAAAUUCGAUGGAUACAGAUUUGAUGGCGUCACUUCAAUGCUAUAUCAUUCUCGUGGUAUUGGUGAGGGCUUCAGCGGUGAUUACAAUGAAUACUUUGGGCUUAAUGUAGAUACGGACGCUUUGAACUACUUAGCAUUAGCUAAUCAUAUGUUACACACCCAAAAUCCCGAUUGUAUAACAAUUGCUGAGGAUGUAUCCGGUAUGCCUACGCUGUGCCGUCCCAAUAUCGAAGGUGGUAUUGGUUUUGAUUAUCGUUUAGCCAUGGCCAUUCCAGACAAAUGGAUUGAACUGCUUAAAGAAUGCCCUGAUGAUCAGUGGAAUAUUGGCGAUAUAGUUCACACUCUUACUAAUCGUCGAUGGAAGGAAAAUACAGUAGCUUAUGCGGAAUCACACGACCAGGCAUUGGUUGGUGAUAAAACCAUAGCAUUUUGGCUGAUGGACAAAGAAAUGUAUACCCAUAUGUCCGUUAUUUCUGAACCAAACUUAAUUAUUGAUCGAGGUAUCGCUUUACACAAAAUGAUACGUAUGAUAACACAUGCACUAGGUGGUGAAGCAUACCUCAAUUUUAUGGGAAAUGAAUUUGGUCAUCCAGAAUGGCUAGAUUUUCCUCGAGCUGGUAAUAACGAUUCAUAUCAUUAUGCACGUAGACAAUGGAAUUUAGUAGAUGAUCCUAUGUUGAAGUAUAAAUAUUUAAAUGAAUUUGAUCGUGCAAUGAAUGAAUUGGAAGAACGAUUUGGCUGGUUACAUUCCGAUCCAGCUUAUGUCAGUUGGAAGCAUGAAGGUGAUAAAUUUAUAGUUUUCGAACGCGCUGGUUUAGUGUUUGUUUUCAAUUUUCAUCCUACUCAAAGUUUUACCGGCUAUCGAGUUGGUACCAACUGGGCCGGCACCUAUAAAAUUGCUUUAUCAUCUGAUGAUGAGCAGUUUGGUGGUUUCAAUCGCCUCGAUAAAAAUUGCAAACAUAUUACAAGAGCAGAAAAUUACGCUGGCCGCCAAAACUUUUUUGAGGUGUAUGCACCAGCACGCACUGUUGUUGUAUAUGAACAUAUUAAUGACUAGUAACUUUUCAUGUUAAUUAAUUAAAACAAUAAUACAUAUGUAAAUUUAUCAAAUUUAAAUUAAAUAAAUAAACUAAAAUGGAUAUACUUACUCA